AUGGAACCAUCGAAUACCCAAAAAGAAGAUCUUCCUACCGCUUUUAAUGGUAUAAAAAGUCAAUUAAACAGCAUAUUAAAAUCGAAUCAAUUAUUUCAAGAUUAUGCGCUAUUAAAUGGGUUCUUGGCAUUUGUUCAUUCCAAAUUGAAUGCCGCAAUCCUUACAUCUAUAGAAUCACAAUGUGGGAAAUCCUUUGCGGCUGAUCUUGAUUCUUUUGAUCAGAGCAGUAUCUCUUCGAUUUUAGAUUUUUCUUGGGAAAGCGUUCACUAUCCAAUAUUCAAAUGGUUUCAGAUGUGGAGGAAUUAUAUUCUUUUUGAGAAGGAGAAUAAAAAACAGCAGACCAAAUUUAUCGACUUUAGAAAGAUGAAUUCGAAGAUGUUAAAAUUCUUCAAAACGGUGCAAAACUUCUAUGUCAACGUUAUCAACACGGUUUAUAAGAAAUAUGAUAUAUCUGUACUUUUGCCGAAAAGGAUUAUCCAAGACUUAAAGUUAAGUGACAUCGAAAAUACCACUAAUGUUGGAGACAUUCUUGCGGUGAAGACAUUUAAUAGUAGUAGCCCACUCGCACAUCUCAUCCCAACGCUUUUCCAUCGCUGUCUCUUAUUCUUAGGAACAGCGUAUCGUUAUAAAACUCUCCUCGAAGAAAUUUCCAAUAAAUACAGCAUAUCCAAUUUUAAAAAAUCUCUGGACUUCUUUCGUUUAGCUUCGUUGGUGUUACCAAGUGCUGGUGAGACGUAUUCGCAAGCAGGAGCGAUAUUCCUUCAAACAGGAAAUUUGGGGAUUGCAGUAUUCAAUUUUGUUAAAGGUAUGAUGACGAAGAUGCCAAGCCCUGUUUCAAUCAAAAAUUUUGGGGCAUUAAUGGUGGACAAUAAAAGUUCAUUAAAUCGUAGCUUGCAUACUACUAUCAUGAACACUUACUUACAAGAAUCUAAAGGACCCAGGACACCUGCUAAAGAGAUACUAGAAUUUUAUUUCCUGGGCCUUUUUGGGUCUGUUUGGUCACCUACCAGUUGGAGAGAUGAUACAAAACCUAACCAAUUAAAUAACGGUAUCAAGUUAAGGCAUUUGGAAAAUGCACUCUACGAGACGAUGUCAGCAAGAUACCUGAAUAAUAUUAAGACCAUCUUUCACAAUUUGAUCAUUACAAUUGGUGGGUUCCAUCUAUUAUUAAAAAGGCGUUCCGAUGUAAGUGCAAAAACCUUGAAGGAUUUACGUAGCAAUGAAUUGGAUUACCUAAAUUUUGCAUUCAAGUAUAUUGCUCACAUUUUAAAUGAUAUCGUUAAGGAAUCAUGGAGCGAAAAUCCUGAGGUUUCAGAAAUUCUAGGUAUGGUAAGAAUUAUCAAUUGUUGGAUAAAAGCAAAUCCCAUGGUUCUUCAAUAUUCACAAAGUAAUCUAGAGUUUGUUAAUGCCUUGGCAUACUUGAUAAAUGAUAUUGUGAAAAAAAAACCAAGUCCUUCUUUUAGUAUAACAGAACAUAUUCCUAAAAGGACAUACUGGUUCGAAGAAGACUUAAUGGUGAAGGGUUUAUCAUUCGUUAACUUUCAACUAUCUGAUUUUGACGAUUAUGAAAAAAUUCUUGAAAUGGAUCAUAGUCUCGAUAGAUUAAUUGGUAAUCCGCCAUUAUGCGACAAGUUAUCGGCAUCAUCUGAAAUGCUGUUAAGGUUGCAGGCUGUUGUGAAUAUAAGUUCGCAAUUAUUGCAGAACAACAACUGCGGAGUAGAAUGGUCAGAUAAUAAAUCACGUUAUAUCUUUAAUAAGAAAAUUGGAUUUAAGGAGACCGUUAAAAAUAGUAUGAAGACAUCGAAGCAAUCCAAUGAAAAGGCCAAGUUACAAAGAAAAAACAAACCUUCGACCACUAAUGGCUCAAUAUCCAUGGCGGAUUUGGAGAGACAAAUGAGAAGUAGCUCUUUGGAUUCUUUUUCUCCAACUAUGGGUUAUAGUGGUUCGUCUGUACCUAUGGCCCCAGAUACGUUCAAUGUUAAGCCCAGCGGUACAAUAACGGGGAACAAAGUAAAUGUAGAACUGUUAAAAAUCGAACUAAGCGGUCAAAACGCCGAUGGCGCUAUUACGAAUAUAUCUCCUGGUUACAGUAACGCAGCGAUCUCUUCUUCAAAUUCGACAGAUGAAUCAUCCUUCGAUUUGAACAACAUCCUAUCUUCAAUGCAACAAAAGCACGCGGAAAAAUCAUUUGCCAAAUCCAUGCAAGGGGUGAAUGAACAAAUUCCAGCGAAUGACGUCUGCCAUCAAGCCCAGAGGCCAAUGCAAGGUGGUCUGUAUUCAUCACAGCAACCUUCAUCGAUGUCUUCAUUAAACUCCGCGUAUCAGAAUGCCUCGAUGCCUCCAUCUGCCUCCAUGGUAUCCUAUCCCUAUCCUUUUUUGAACCAGCAGGGGCAAGGGGUCUUUCCGCCUUAUAAUGCACAAAAUUUACAAUGGCAGAGCGAAGCUUACUCAUUAAAGUCAAUGAAUUUUGCAAAUCCAACGUGGCUAGGUGACCAGUACCAGACAUCUGCGCCGUCGUCAGCAUAUGCGCAAGCGCAACGGCAAAUGUUUCAACAACCUAUGCAGCAAGAUGUGGGGAAGUACAUGCAAUUUCCUUUUGACGCCCAAAGCAACACGGACAGCAUGAGGGGAAACAGUCGGAAUAAUAUGUUUUAA